GCGGCACUGCCCGGGGCGGCGGCGGGGCUGUGGGGCCGUGGAUCCCGCUGUCCCGUCCCGCCCUGCCGCCAUGGCUGCGCUGCCGCUGCCCGCCCGCGGGGACCGGCGGCUCGGGGCGCUGCGCACACACGGCCCGGAGCCGGGGGAGCCGGAGCGAAAGCGAGCAUGCAAGCGGCUAGAAACCAUCCCCAAUGAGACUGAGACUCGUCUGCUUGGUUAUGCCAUGGAGCUGGAUUCCAAACAGCAAAUCUCCUCUGACUGUGGUCCUUGGGCUACAAAGGCAAAGCAGAAUUCAAUGGUUUUUGAAAACCAUGGAAGCAGAGGUACUGCUCAGCCUUGCCCAAGAUGUAUUGCUGGAGAAUCUGGACACUUCAAUCAUAUCCUGAGCUUCUAGAAGUGGCAAGAGAGAAGAUCAGCAGUGCUGCUUUUCUUUUUGAGUUCUGAAGCUAGAUCUGGGAACCUGUGCAGCUGGAUAUCUGUACCCUCACUCGAAGCAUGGACUUGUGUGGACACGCGUGUGGCAUUCAGCAUACAGCACUUCACUGUGUGCAUUACUCUUUCAGUGCACAGUUAUGGGUAUCAUUGUUUUCUUACACUUGAACAAUGCUUCUGCUUCUAAGGUAGUCACUAUCUUUUUUAAAUAAGAAAAUCAGGUUGAUUUAAAGUUUUAGAUCAGUUGGGUUGAUGUGGCCUAAGGAGCAGUUUUCUCCGGGGUCAGGGGUCAUGAUCCAAGAUUUUCCUGUCUCUUAUGGGCACUUUUUCUGAUAGUCUUGGAAAACAGUCCUUGCAUUUACAUGCAUACAGGCAUGUAUACAUUACAUAGCUCAGCCCUGUAUGUGCAGGUAGAAAUGUCUUCAUCCUUAGAUGGCUGUUCUGCUUUGCAGCUGUGAAAGCCAGUAAAAAUCCUAUGGAAAUUUAAGUUUAUAUCCAAAUUACACAUCCAGUUCAGGUAUCUUAUACACUGUACUUGUAGCUUGUUUAUAACAAGCAGAGUUGGUGAAUGUGGCAGUUAAGUAUCUAACAGGAAAAGGAAUAUUAUUUGGACUACCUUCUAUAGGAUGAGUAGUAGAUGAGCCCUGUGGAGUCCUCACAAAGCUGUUAAGAUACAAUUGACACUGCCCGACUGUCUGUCUAGUUACUGUGAUAUUGGAACAAAUCUGUUCAGAAAGCCUUGACCAUGUCAUUCAACAUCCUUGUGUUGGCUUGUCACAGAUAAUUUCACCUAUGUUUUGCCAGUGCAUAGAACUAUAUAAUUA